CAGACCGAGCCGGAGACUUCCCGCGGCGGCGAGAAGACAAGAAAGGGAUCGGGACCGACUUCACACUCGGCUCGAAGCCUUUUAAUUUCAAAUAAAAGCAGAAAUGUCUGGUGUAAAGAACAGAGAGGCAGAAGCACUUUCUCCUCGUAGAGCAGAGUGUGGGUCCGCUGUAUCGGCGCUGAGUGAGUCGCCACCAACCAAGCGGCCGUGAGCCGGCUCUCCGCACUGUUCCCCUGAGAUGUGGCUUCACCGCAGUUGGGGUGGCCACCUACCCCGACAAUGUAGGACUGAGCGGCGGUCGCUUAAAACAAAGCCCUUGGACCUGGUGAAACUUUCCAUGGGGGUUGAGGCCCAGGACAGGAUCCAGAUUGUCCAUCAAACACUGCAUCACCUCAGCAAGAUCUACAGCAUGAACCUGAGCUCAGUAACGUGGGUCCAGGCCACAGUGGAACACUUCAGGCUUCUCCUGGAUCGGCAGCUCACGGAGCUGGAAGUUUGUGUCAGGAAACCAAGCACAGGGUCCAGGGCAAAGAAGAAUGCUACAGUUCGUAAAUACUUCAGGAAACUGAGAAGGUUUCUGAAACAAAAGGGAUUCAGUGACUGUGCCUGGGAAAUUACUCGCGCUGAGACCAGGGCGCAUUUACAACAGCUCCUUCUCAUCAUGGCAACAAUCAGCAGGGAACAUGGAAGACUCAAGUGACAUGGAGACGGGGAAUGAUUAUGAUAUAUUUAAGAUAACCCCUUUCUUUGUGAAUGGUGUUUUAAAAACUUUGUUAAUUUAUUGUCAUUUAUUGAAGGUUACGCAUUUGGCAACACUUUUUACAUUGAUAUCUUUUAUUGAGGGCAAGGUUCUAACAUAAUUAUUCUCAAUAUCACUCUUUUAUUUAAGUCUGCUGAUCCUCUGACAUACAUACAUAUAUAUAAAUGUGCACACAUACAUACACACAC